AUGGGUGCCAACUGUGCAUCUAAUGGCCAAGCCUGUGCACAGGGCGGGAGCCAGCAGUCACCCAGAACUCCAAAGGGGGAGGAGGAUGACGUGUCCAGACUCACCAUGUGGGAGCAAGAUGUGGAAGCAGUGAAAGAGGAGGCAGCGAAGAGACAACAACGCCGAGAACAAGAAGCCGCCGCCCGGCAAGCGAGAAUAGAAGCUGUAGAGAUGGCGGCAGAGGAGGGACGGGGAGGAAAAGAGGUCAGUGGAGCAACCAAGACCAAGACCAAGACGCUUGACCGCACUGAAUGCCAUGCUGAAUGCCCUGCUGAAUGCCCUGAGGCGCCUGCAUCAAAAAACGGAGCUCCCGUUGCGGAUGUGGAGAUGCCAAAGGCUGAGGAGCGGACCAAAGAGCCUGCACAAGAGCCACCAGCUCCGCCAGCACUACCUUCGCCAACACUAGCUUCACCAACACUACCUUCACCAACUCUGCUAGAUUCAGCGAAGCCCCAGGCUGUAGAUGGCAAUGUGCAAAAAGAAAUCGAAGAGGUACGAAAGACCGUAGCUGACCUGCCGCAGCCAACAGAGACCUGUAAUCUCAGAACAUUGUCUUUGGUGCGAUAUCUGCUCGAGGUGAAGAUCGUCUCCGCAAAAAAUGUACCCGCAGAGGAAAAACAACAAUUUGCUGUGGGCUUAGCAAGGUGUGAUAAUGCAGUGAAGUUUCGGACAAAAACAGCCGCCACAAGAGAGAAGGCUGUGUGGAACCAAGCUUCGAAACUGCAGAUAGCGCACGGUGACUUCCUUACUUUCAGAGUUCAAGACAAGGAUUCUGAAGACCCAAUGGCCUUCAUUGCAAGAACUAACCUUGACUUUGAUCGCAUGCUCCCAGCAGGUUUUGAAGAUGAGCUGGACUUGGAGGAUACAAGCGGGAACAAGGUGGCGGGUUCCGUUCUCAAGGUCCGUGUCCGAGUUCACGGAGCUCGGGUGGCGACAGGUCAGGAGUGA